CAUUGCCGACCCCUCUCUCCUCCCUUAAAUCUCCCCUCCCCAUCGUCUUCCCAAACCCAUACCCUUCUCUUUCUCUCUCUAUCUCCCCCGAUUCAUCUCUCUUUCUCUCUCUCUCUCUACAUCUUUUGAAUCAAUCCGUCGAUUUGAAUUUCUGGUUUUUUUGUUUUUGUUUGUUUGGCGAUCGGAGAAAUGGUACAGAAGACGGAGAAGGAGGAGACGGAGUUCAAGGUGGUGCCGGAGACCAUCACGCCGUGCGUGAACAACUGCGGCGUCACCGGGAGCCCGGCCACCAAUAACAUGUGUCAGAAGUGCUUCGCCGCCGCCGCCGGAUCCGUCUCCGCUUCGUCGGUGGCGAUCCCGCACAAGUUCGCCGAGAAAACCCCCAGAUCUACCUUCCGGAGGUCGUCUCCCGGGCGGAUGGUUCCAGAUCUGAACAAGCGCGACUCGCCUGUGAGAAUCGACGAGAAAGCGGAUGCUAGCUCGCCGUCUCCGGCCAAGAGGGAGGUGAAUCGCUGCUCCGGAUGCAAUCGGAAGGUCGGUCUGACCGGAUUUCGCUGCCGGUGCGGCGAGCUCUUCUGCGGCGAACACCGGUACUCCGACCGCCACGAUUGCAGUUACGACUACAAAUCCGCCGGCCGGGAUGCCAUCGCCAAGGAGAAUCCGGUCGUCAGAGCAGCAAAAAUAUUCAAACUUUGAAGGUUAAGAACUCACCAAUACGCAUCUACCGGAAGUGAAACUGUCUUCGCAACGCAACUACAGAUCGGAGGUCGCCGCCUCCGGCGAUCUCCUCCGCACUUGUUUGUUUUCUCUUCUCUCCGGCGAGAGAAAUGAUGGAUCGGAAAAAAUAGUGAGAAAAAUCCGUAAUUAUUUGUUGUGAUGAUAAAAUCUGGCUGUACCGAUUGUAAUUCAUUCAUGGAUGAUUAAUCUUA